CAUUUAUUUUUGUUUCAAUUGUCUUUUUAUUAUUGUAUAGCCGGUUAAGUUGGCACAACAUUAAUGAAAACUCUUGCCAACACAGUAAACACAUGGCACUUUUGUCGGAAGUUUAAAGGGAAAACGAUAACGCACGGAGUUAGCUAAUGUUGCUAACGUUAGCUUUUUCACGUUACAGUGUAGCCGCUGACUUCACCGCCAGCCUGCAGGAUGUCUAAACUUGAACGCUUGAAUGCUCGUGUGGCCAAACUACUGACUGAAGCGGUACAGGAGGUUCUGGAGGUGGUGAGGGAGACGGUGUCAGAGUUUCAGCAGAAAACUGCCAGAACACAGAGAGAGAACGAGAGUCUGAAGAGGAGGCUGCAGGAGCUCCAGGAGAGUAUAACAAGAGAGAGCACAGCUGUUCUACUUACAAGCAGUCCAUCACCUGAAGAAAAAGAAGAUGCACAGAAUCAAGAGCAGGAUUUGGGGCUCACUUUGAGGCAGGACUCAGACUUCCCUCUUGCAGUGCAAAUAUUGAUAAGUGGUCACAAACCUGACCAUGACGUGAAGCAGGAAUCGAAACAACGAGAGAGCUACGAUAUCGCCGAAUCACAAGCUGAGUGCAGCUCGGCGCAAACAGCCGAACAUUGCAAAGCACAACCAGAGGAGGUGACACAAGUUAUAGAGGAGGCAAUGACAGUUUUAGCCGAUAACACCUGCACCUCUCAAUCCAGCACCUCUCUCGGUGUAAACCUGGCUGUUAUUAAAAAAGAGUUGGAACUAACAGACUGCUCAACACCUGAACUACCAUCUCUUCAGGAACAAUACAGUGGAUGUGUGGAUUUAAGCUGCAACUCGUCCCGUCAGAACUCCGCUGAGAUUCACAGGUCACAGGUCAGUGCUGAUCCUCACGGACGCGUCUUUGUCCACUCAAAUCAUCCUGUACCUCGGAGGCACGGCUUUGCAAAAAGCACCAGAGCUGCAUUUGAUGGGAGAAAAAACAGGAUGGAGCACUUCAGGAGAGAUGACUCACACUUGUGUGUUGUGUGCGGAAAGACGUUCAGCAGGGUCGGGAACCUAAGAAUCCACCAGCGCUGUCAUACGGGAGAGAAGCCGUACGGCUGCAUACAGUGUGGGAGGCGUUUUAGUCAGGCAGGAGACCUGAAAAAACACAAGAGGGUCCACACAGGGGAGAAACCGUACUACUGCAACCAGUGUGGAAAGAGCUUCAGCCGGGGGGAGAAUCUGAAAAGACACCAGAAGAUCCACAUUGGAGAGAUUUUACAGUUACAGCAAGUGUGGAGAGAGCAACAGCAGUGAUGUUUUUACAAGACUGCAAAUGUAUCAGCACAUUUACUUUGUGGAGAAUCUGUGAAGGGUAAUUUUUGGUCUGUGUCCGUAGCUAAGAAAUAGAUGUGAGAUAUUUAAAUUAUAAACCACGGAACCUAUAAAAAGGCUAGUCCUUAAUAACUCAGAAAAGGAGUGACGUGCUGUUCUGGUGUGAAGCCAGCAGUGUGCUAGUUACGCUUGUCUUUUUGUCCUCCUGAUCACGAUGAAACAGGGCUUUAAAAGUUAACCACGUAACCAAAGACGCAAAAGCUUUGUAGAUAGAGAUGCAAGGAUAUAAAGGCUGUGAAUUGAUAUCUGUGUAACAUUGCUUUUGGCCCACAAUUUGGUCAAAUGUGGAAUAUUUACCUUGUAAAACUUAAAUUAGCAGAACAACAAAAAAAAAAGAAAUGAACUCCAAAGCUCCCGCAGAGCCAUUAUAAAUCCACACGGGGGUUUUCAAUUAUUUUGGCUGAUUUGAUGUUAAGACUUUGUGGCAUCUCCUGCACUCUCCUCUGUACCUAUCAAUGCACUAAACGUUACAGCUCUUUUGAUUCUUAUAGGUAAUUAUAAAGCUUUAUUUAAGAGUGGAGUCAUUUUGUACAAAUUAUUAGCAAACAAAUACAAAUACAGGAAUUAUUUGUGAAUGUACUAAUGCAACAUAAAGAUACUUAGAGAAUUUCUAAAAGUAAUGCAGACACCGUUUUCUUUUUAGGAGGAAAAGAAAGACAAAGCACCCAACCUAGACGCCCAAAAUAAAAUCAAAGGAUCCUACAUCGUACUAUAAGUGUCAUUAGUUCAAAGACACCUGCUGGGCUGUGCAGGACAAG